AUGUCGGUCUCGUCUACAAAGGCUCCUGAGCCUACCCUCUUCAUUGACGGCAAGUGGUGCCACUCCUCCGAUGGCAAGUCCAGGGAGGUUAUCAACCCCUUUGACGCUAGCGUCUUCACCUACGUCGAUGAAGCCACAACAGCCGACGCUGAGCGUGCCAUUGUCUCUGCCAAGAAGUUCUUCACCGAUUCCGACUGGCCACAUCUAAAGUGCGCCGACCGAGUUCCCCUCCUUGCAAAGACAGCCGAGCUCCUCCAGCGCGACAAGGCCAUCCUGGCCAAGCUCGAGUGUCACGAUACGGGCAAGGCAUACAGGGAGGCUGAGAUUGAUGUGGACGAUGUGACAAACACAUUCAAGUACUAUGCAAAGGCUGCUCUGGACCUCGACCAUGAUAGGGUCAUCAAGAGCGAGUACUUGCCUGAGACGGCCAAGAACUCGAUUCGUGCUGAGCCAGUGGGAGUGUGUACCCUCAUUUCGCCUUGGAACUUUCCUCUGCUGCAAAUUUGCUGGAAGCUUGCACCAGCCCUUGCUACAGGCAACGUUGUGAUCAUCAAGCCCUCCGAGGUCACUCCUCUCACCACCAUCCACCUCACCAAACUGCUCCUCGAGGCGGGCUUCCCUCCUCUUUCCAUUCAACUCUUGACGGCAGCAGGCAGCAGCAUUGGUGACACAAUCUGCCAACACGACGAUGUGGACCUCGUCAGCUUCACCGGUGGUCUCCAGACUGGACGGAGGAUCAUCAGGUCAUGCGCUGAAGGCAUCAAGAGGUGUUGUCUGGAGCUGGGCGGCAAGAACCCCAACAUCGUUUUCGCUGACAUGCCUCUGGACAUUGCCAUUGACAAUGUCACCACGGCCGUCUUCUUCCACUCCGGCCAAGUGUGCUCUUCCGGAACCAGGCUGAUCGUAGAAGAGUCUAUUGCAGACAAGCUUGUGGCCGGUGUUGUGGAGAAGGCGAGGAACAUCAAGAUGGGCAGCGCCUUUGACGAGAGCACCGAGACUGGACCCCUCGUUUCCGAGGCCCAUUUGAAGAAGAUCGAGGCAUUCAUCGAAAUGGGCAAGAAGGAGGGAGCUAAGCUGCUGGUCGGUGGCUCGCGGCCUGACCCCAAGAAGUUCCCCGAGCUGGCAAAGGGCUACUUCUUCCAGCCUACCGUCUUUGACCAGUGCGACCGCUCCAUGAAGAUCGUGACCGAAGAGACAUUCGGUCCUAUCCUCACCGUCGAGAGGUUCAAGGACGGUGACGAGGCUCGAGCUAUCUUCCUCGCCAACGACACAAAGUACGGCCUCUCCGGCGGUGUGCAGUCGGGCGAUGUUGAAAAGGCCAACCGCGUGGCACGCAAGAUGCGUCACGGUACCAUCUGGAUCAACAACUUUGGCCCCUUCUCUCCUGCUGGAGAGUGGGGAGGAUACGGUAUCAGUGGUAACGGAAGGGAGCUAGGAGCUUCGGGACUCGACGAAUACAUUGAGAAGAAGCACAUCUGGGAAGAAACGCAGCCAGCCCUGACGGAGUGGUUCGCAAAGAGCAAGCUGUGA